CAACUGCGUUACUUACAACUGCAUAUGGUUGGGUCUUUCGCCAGUCUAAUUUUCCGCGCGCGCCGCAGGACGUGCAAGGGGAAUGGGGGAGGGCGGCAAUCCGCGAUCAGAACCGCAGUAGCGCUCCCGCAGCGCUUCUUCUCAAUAGCUCGACGCAGAACUGCCUGGAGUUUGCCGGGCUCGGGGUGGAGGAGUAUUUCCCUUUUGUUAUUUGAUUUUUCCUGCCCUCUUGUAUAUCCAUUCCUUGCUAUAUGCUGUUGUUGUGUCUUCCUUCCCGCCCUUCCCGCUACUCGGGGCGCCCGGGUGCCAGUGCGUAGAUUACUGGAGGCGCAGGCGCAGCUGCCCAGGCUCGUAGAGGAGCCGGCGCUGAGGACAUGGGCUAAUUUCUAGACAUCAAAGAAAUAUGGGGCCACUAGCAGCGGACAGUUGAGAAAAGGUGUGGCCAUUGGCCAUCGUUUGCAGCGAGCCCCAUCCAGACCCAUCUGGUGGGCGAUGGGCCCGGGGGCCUGGCAGGCCCCAGUGUUACGGGAUGUGGUGCAUGUCAAUGCCUGCGGCAAUUUUUGUCGCCGUGCCAGCCAGCCACCGCUGGAACGUGCCAGCGGGCACGGUGGCGGAUCCAGUAAGUCAAUUCGGAGAUUUCGCCUCGCCGCUUCGCAACGCAAUAUCCCCCAGCCUUCUCCUUCGUUGCGUUUCUCAUUUCUCGGGCAUGUCUUCGACGCCGAGUAGGGGGCCUCAGGGGGAGCCGCCGGCGUGCCGAACGAAGCCAGGGUUACAUGUGAAUCUCCAGACGGCUCGUUGCCGCACGUGGUCACGAAACAAACGAAACACCACGCCCAUGGGCAACGGCUCCGAAAAUCAUCGGCGCAGCGGCGCCCGUAGUAACAGUUGCCCGCGUAAGGUCGCGCGCGAGCGCUGAUUUUGCGUAAGCCAUCGCGUCUCGUCCCGGCGGCCUUGCAGCGGAAUCCAUCCAGCAAUUGUCAUUUGAUCAUUGUGGUGAUCCUCCCUUCCUUCUCCCUUCUUCCUGCUCCCCUUCCUUUCUCCCAAGUUCGAAGGUUUGCAUUGCGUCGGCAGCCGUGCUCUCCACGAGCCGCCCCGCGUUUUGACCCAAUCUGUUUUCCGGAGGAGGCCCCAUGGCCAGCUUGUGGGCAGAGGAUGGUGCAGCCCCGGCGAGUGGCGGCACAAGCGGCGGGAUGUUUGGCAGCCUGAAGCCUAGCGCGGACGCCGGGGACACGUUCGCGAUGGCUAUUCGCGGCGACGGUGCCGCUGCUGGAGGGGCGGGUGCGGUCCCCAAGUCGGCCGAGAAGGUUUGUGUGGUUUGCGGUGAGCCUUCCGACAAGAACAUGUGUAGACUGCACAGGCGCUGCUACGACUGCAUCUACCGCGACUCCAUUACCGAGGAGGCAAAGAAGGACGGUACGAAUGAGCGCUUCGUCAACAUCUUCGGCGACGACAAGCAGCGCAAGAAAGGCUUCAAAGACAAGACCACGGCCUACCGCGUGAUUGCGGAUUUCGGCGUGCAGUUCCCAGAAGGCACCAACAAGACGGGCGUGAAGCGCGGCAAGAUCGACCUCGCGCAGUACGUCCACUCCGAGGGCGUGGAGGCCCGCCAGUUCAGGGAGAACAAGGACCCGAUUCUGGACAAGGAGCUUUUCACGAACAAGCUCCAGACGGAACGUGGCUGGACCCCUGCCCGCGCCUUGGAGCUGUGGGAGUGCGAGUGGGCCAGGGGAGUGUGGAGGAAGCACUGGGGCGGGCCUCCGUGGAGCAAGGAGCAGAUGGAGGUACCGGCGAACAUGUUCGGUGGCGAGUCGAACACGGGCCAGGCGGGGACCUACGAGAGCAAGGCGUUGCUGUCAUCAAGCAAGGCGUCCACCCUCAGGGACGAGGACAAGAAGAAGAUCAAGGACGAGUGCCACUUCGGCUUCAACAUGACGCCCAUUCCUUGUGACCAGAAGGACCUUUCACGGCCGUUGCCCGCGACUGCCUGGACGCUCGAGGGAGGCAAGCAGGGCCAGGAGAGGGCCACGACCAAGUCGAUGCUUGCCGCGGCAUCCGGCGCGGUCGCGGACGACCACGCCAAGGCAGAGGCCACCCUGGGCGCGAAGGUGAAGUCGGAGAUCAAGGAGGAGGCGGAAGCCGACCCCAAGAAAGCUACGAAAGACAUUGCUCUCCUUCGCUUGGAGGCUAAGGAGGCCAUCGAAAAGGUCUUGGAGAAGCUCAAGAAGGAUGUCCGCGCGAAGAUCUGCGUUGCAUUCGAGGCCCUCUCGACUGGGAAGUACAGCCGGGAGGGCGUGUCGAUGGACUUGCUAGACCGCAACAUGGUAAUCGGGCUUCUCUGGCUGGGCGCCAAGGUAUCCAGCGGCCUCCGGCCCGUUUCCGCUGUACCCGGGUGCUUGGGGCCCCAGGGCGACCGUGCUGCAAGGCCAAAUGCCUCAGAGCCAUACUUUUAUAAUCUGUUGACGCUUCGCGUAUCCUCACAAGCCCAUCCCCCCAGAACAGGUUCACGGGGCGAGUUGCCCUGAUCAUAUGGGGGGCGAUGCGAACGGAACGAUGGGCGAAGAGCGGAGGGCUAUCUAGAACAGUAGUCGCACGCGAGACUGGUCAUACACACGAGUGGGCACGCAUGCAAUUUGUCAUCACUACAGGACAUCCAACCCUCACCCCGCCACGGGCCUUGGGCUGAAAAACCCCCAGGGCCACGAAAAGAUAAUAAUGUAC